UAUUAAACGAAUAACUUUGACAUCUGAUAACAAUUUAGUCAUUGAAAUUGAAGUUAAUAAGACUGAAACCAAUAUUAAUCAAAGCCAAGAAAUUCAAGUUAUAAAUGAUAACCAAAUAAGUAGUAGUAAGGAACUCCAAAAAGUUAGAAAUUACUUAAAAGAAAGUAGCGAAAAGAGUAUUAACCAGCAAAAAUUAAAUAAUAUUCUUAACUCUAAUAACACUAAUGAACUAACUGGUGUAGUUGUUGAGGAGGAAGAGUGUUUAAUAAAUGCCAUGAUUUACGAAGGGACAUUCGCAACAACCCCCUCUAUUGAGGCGAUGGAACUUUUAAAUUUGAAUGUUGUACUUGUGGUGGAAAUGAUUCCUGCCGGUCACGGAAGUGGCGUUGUCAGCAACCAAACCACCAAACUCAGAGCAAUCAAAACUCCCCCAAUGAAAACUUCGAACGAAGUCAAAAAGAUUAUCAACGGAUUCACGAAAAAGCUCAAAUUAAGAAAAUACUACGGAGGAAAACUAUGGGAAGGAAAUGAGGACAUGGAAGGUUAUGCGGAAGAGUUUAUAAAUAAAGAAUUUGGAACUACUGAUGGCUUAUAUGUGGAUGGUAUAAUUACUUCAAGAAGGAUUAAAAAUAACCCACCAUUAGAAAUUGAAAAUAGUGAAAAAAGCGGCAAAAAAAAAUUAGAAAUUAUUAACAGCCAUAAAAGUAGUAAUGAAGUAUUGGUUAUUGAUCUCAAAAGGGUUAAAAAGAUAACUUUAAGGAACAAUAGCAAGUUAGAAAUUGAGUUUAUUAGCAUCCACAACAACCAAAAUGUUAAUGAAUGUUAUUUAGUAAACCAAGCUCUGACUAACAAGCAAGUGGAUAAUAGUCAAGAUUUAAAAACAGUUAGAGAUUACUUACGUGAAACUGGUAAAGAUAGUUUGAACCACCAAGAAUUGGCAGCAAUUCUUAAUCCUAAAAAAAGAGAAUUUGAAAUCAAACUCCAAGUUAAGGAUAAAGAUGGUGAAGUUAAGGUUUUAAAAAGCAAAACAUUUCUAGAAAUUACGUGGUAUGGCGAUAAGGGCAUUUUAAACCCCGGAGAAUUAGUAAACUAUGAUGAUGAAUAUGGAAAAGGUAGUUAUAGAGAAAGUAAAGGGGAGAAAAUUCGAUUUGAAAAAGAUGGCAAGAGUUAUGAUAUCAUUAUUAAGAUUAAUGAAAUAAAAAAGGGGUGGUUCAAGGACAAAGUAGUCGAAACAGGAGGAUUUUUCCCUGCUCCUGGUUCAGAUUUUACAAUUGAAAAUAAUGAUAAAACUCAGAAUUGA